CUACUUCCUAUCCAAGCAACUCCUCCCACACGGCCAAAGUAAUCGAUCCUCACCUUCUCUACACAAUGACUUCCUUUACCCCUAAACAGGCGAUACCGCGCGACGAUAAACUAUUCGGCAUCAUUGGCGCGAAUUCGACACUUACAGUCGCGCACCACGAAUUAGCGGUCAUCAAAGGCACUUCAGAAUAUGCCAUCGAGAAUGGAGCCGUAAUCCAUGAUGCAGCGUGUGGCUUGGGCCCAGUCACAGAAGCGAUUUCAGCAGCCUACCCGGACACAUCAAUCAAGCUUCACGCGACAGACCUUGCGCCUCCAAUGGCUGGGAUCUACAAUAUGUUCGCCGAGAACAAGGGCUGGCCAUCGAGGGCCGUGAUCAUGGACUGCGAGAAGCUCGAAUUUCCUGACGAAACCUUCACACAUACAUUCUUGUCCUUCGGUUUGCCUAUCAUUGACGACCCUAUUGCUGCGACUAAAGAAAUGUACCGCACAUUAAAGCCCGGGGGUACAGCCAUAACCGCAUUUUGGUUGAGUAUCCCACACGGGGAGUCAGCUGGAGAAACACGGCGCGAGGUUUGGGGAAAGGAUGCAGAAACUCAGGUCAAGCCGAAUGAGAGACACAAGGACCCUGCAUAUAAUCCGGAACUACUCCGACAAGGUGGCUUCACGGGAGAGGUCUUCACGAAGAAUGUACCUGUGACUCUAGCCGUUAAAGACAUUGACGAGUUUGCUACCGCAAUUUGGAGCGCCAUUGGAGAACCGAAAGGCGGUUGGAUACAGGAGGAUGAAGAUCGGUGGGAGGAAGCUAUUGCUGCUUAUAAGAAGGUAUUGAGUCAAAAGCCCGGUUAUAAGGUUGAUGCGCAUGGCAAGAUUUCUCUCGAAUCCGUUGCCCAGAUUGCGAUCGUGAAGAAGGCAUAGGAUACUCAAGAUAGUGGGCUAGUUAACCUAUGAGAAGUUCAGAAACACUCAAUUGAGCGCUGUGUUGUACUUUGUAAGCAAC